AACCCAGGAGGCAGGGGCUGCGGUGAGCCAAGAUCGCGCCAUUGCACUCCGGCCUGGGCAACCAGAGUGAAACUCCCUCUCAAAAAACAAAAAACAAAUGAACAAAAAAAACUCCAGGCUAUAUCCCUGGAGGAGAAGAGAGCCCACGGUCCCCGGAGAGUUCCCGGAAGAGGCCCCUGUGUGUCCGAUGAGGUCACAAAGCCCCUCCACCAGAGGCUCCUCCCCCCGGCCCCUGCUGUCCACCCUGGCAGGGCCAUGGCCGAGGCCCGAGUCUCCCAGCCUGGGGCAUCUCCACGCUCUGUAACUCUGAGCUCCAGGCACCCGUGAAGCCCCAGGGGCCAAGGCUGGUGGGCCGGGGCUGGGAGGCCUGCACACCUGGUUCUGGGUCCCUAAACCAGUACCCACCGCCACCAUGAUCUGGCUUCGAAACAGGAGGCGCCUUGAGCCGCUCCAGGGCACCCCGAAGUGGGUCCCUGUUCUGGGGGAGCUGCAAAAGACCCUCCAGAAGGGCGAAUACCUGCCCCUCCGUCCACUGCCCAUGUUCGAGAGUAACUUUGUUCAGGUGACCCAUCAAGGGGGCCCAGUGUUCGUGAAUCACAGAACCAACCGGCUGGCCAUGGGUGUGGCUGCCUCCCUGCCAGGCCUGGUGUUGCCCGACAUCUUGCUGAUCGGCCAGCCUGCCGAGGACGGGGACUGCUCGGGCCUCGUGCUGACCAGGAUGAUCCCCCUGGACCUCGUCCACCUUUGCGUCCAUGACCUCUCUGCCUGGCGCCUGAAGCUGUGCCUGGUCUCGGGCCGCCAGUACUACCUGGCCCUGGACGCCCCCGACAACGAGGCAGGCUUCCUGUUCCACUGUUGGAUCCGCCUCAUCAACCUGCUUCAGGAGCCGCCUCCCACCUGGGCCCCCAGGACCAUGUGCACGGACCCCCUGGAUGUGCCCCUGGCCAAAGCACCUGCCUCCACCUGGCACCUACAGGACCAGCCCUUCAGCAGACAUGCAGUCAAGGUUGCUAAGCACAACUUUCCUUAUAAGAAGUCUCCGGUGGCCACUUGGAGACAGAGGAAGGCCAAGGCACGCAAGCGCAGUUUCAAGUCUCAGGCCGUGGGCGACUGUGUGCCCCUCAUCUGGUCGCAGCUGGAGCAUGCUGACAUCGGGAAGAAACCUGCAGAAAAGACGUCCCACCCAGACUUCCACCCCGACAGGACUCACACCCAAGUCCACUUUUCUGAGAAGACCAGCAUCACCAUCUGGACCAUCUUCAGCAUCAUUUCCAGCAUGGCCAAGCAGACACAGUCCUCUCCAAAGGCCUGCACAUCUGCAUCUGAGGAGGCCACAGGCCAGGGACAUGUGGUUGAGAGCCCUUCGUACUGUGUCUCAGCUGACAGCCCUGACUGCUUCUUUCUGGGCUCCGGCAGCUCCCUGGACCCGUGCCUGUGGCAUCAGGACAUGGAAGACCUCAUGGAUUCUGAGAGCAGCACUUUGUCAUCUGCUGCCUCCGGCCUGGCUCCCUAUCCCCCGGCUGCCCGCCUCUCCACACCCUACUCUUCCAUCCCCAGGGGCAGGGAAAAGGCCAGGUCUAUGGGCUCCCACCAGGGGCGGGGGCCACCACCCUGCCAGACGGGCCCUGUCAUGUCUUGCAAGGCACCAUUCCUCGUUGACCAGUCCCAGAAGCUCCCAGCUGUACCUGCUUCCUCGUGGAAGCCCCCACCUGGAUUGGCUCCUCCCCAGAAGGUCUCAGCUGCAUCAGCUCCUCCCUGGAAGGCCCCAGCCGCAUCAGCUCCUCCCUGGAAGGCCCCAGGCGUACCUGCCCCACCCCAGAAGACCCCACCCCCAUCUCAGAAGGCCCCAUCUGUACCUACCAUUCCCCAGAAGGCUGUGUCCCCCACUGCUCCAAAGAGGAAAUCUCUGCUUCUCCCUGCGCCAUCCCAAAAGGCUCUGCAGACCUCACCUCCCCAAUACCAGAUGGCACCGGGCUCGCCUGCCUCAUGGGGGAGGCUCCCUGGCGACGUGUUGCCAACAGGAAUUCCUGGAAGAGCUGUGCUGGAGAGAAGCCAGUCUGGAGGGAAACCGGAGCCAGCGGUGACAGUGGGCACCCAGGAGACAGACGUGGUGAUGACGACUCAGGUCAAGUCCCUGGAGUCGCCCUUCACUGUGACCAAGAAGGAGUCCAAGGACAUCCUGGUUAGCAAAACCCAGGAGGUGACCCUGGAGGCCUUCAGGGGCCAGGGGAAGUUGGAGGACCAGGCCCACUUGGCGAAGCUUGAAGAGAGGUCCCUGGACCCGCCUGGCAUGAGAUCCAAGGAGCUGGAGCAGUGGAAGAGAUGGGUCGAGACAAAGGAGCUGGCUGUCGAGGGCCCCUCCCAGGAGCACAGCAGGCCCUUCUCCGUGGAAGCGCUCACCCUCGCCAAGCUCACGAUCCUGGCCAACUCCAAAGAGCAGCGCGUGAGACCCUCUCUGGUCUCACUUCCCUCCUGGCUCUUGGCGACUUCGCAGGCGUCUGCCACGUCAAUGAUGGCUUCAGUGCCCUUCCACCCAGGCCAGCUGUCCUCACCGGAGGGGCAGCCAGUGGUGGUCAGAGAACAGCCAGAGUCGCACACUUGGGUGAAGGAGGGCAAGCGGCAAUGGGGCGAGAGUAAAGGGUCACCCUGGGACCCCAAGGGGCCGCCCAAGGUGCCCCUUCGCUCCAAGCCCACCUCUGCCAGUCCCAAGAGGGAAGGAAUCUCCCAGGCGCCUAUCCCCCUGCCCACCUCACGGUGGGAGGGCUUACUGUCAUCCCCCUUCUCAGAGACCCCCAUCUCAAAGACGGAGGCCACAGCCAAGGCGUCCCAGCAGCCCAAGAGACUGUCGCAGGAGCCCGUGAAGACGCCAGCCCAGCACCCCCUGGCCACUGUGGGGUCAUCUUCAGAAAUUCUUUUGCCCAUGCUCUUAGAACUUGAAACUGUGAGGAACACGGCCACCAAGGCAGAGGAAAUACAGGAGGAAUCGGGUGUCUUUAACCUUCCACCCAGCCUGCAGCACUCCCAGCACUUUGAGUAGCCGGAUGGGGGGGGCUCAACCCCAGUCGGAAACUGUCCAGAGGAGGCCAGCGCUGCCAGGCCCCCAGGGUUCUGUGCGCACCGACUGUAA